AAUUGUCAUUUACCCUACAACGCUUAGAAAAUCGAAAUCUUUAGUUAGUAAAAUUGUGGGAAACAUUUUGAAAUUAGUUUCUGUGACGGAGCUUUCCGAUGGCUGGCAUGCAGAGGAAGGUCAUCGUAGUGGAUUCAAAGAAUUACUUCGAUAAGCUCAUCGACGAUGCGGGAACCAGCCAAUACGUACUCGUCGAGUUCUUUGCCACGUGGUGUGGUCCUUGUGCGAUGAUUGGUCCCCGCUUGGAGCAACUGGCAUCGGAUUACUUUGGACGGAUGUUGGUGCUCAAGAUCGACGUGGAUCUGAACGAAGAUCUGGCCGUUCAGUACGAGGUCAACAGCAUGCCCACAUUCCUGAUCAUUAAAAACCGAGUGACACUGAUCCAGUUCGUGGGCAGCAAUGUCGAUAGAGUCGUCAACACGGUGGAGAAGUUUGUGGGCAAGGUGGAGGACUCCAAGGAGCACAAGUCGAAAGAACUGCCGGUGCAGCUGCCGUGAGGAAACGCUGAAAUAUUUAAAUUUUUGGUGGUCUUUUAGUCUGUUUAUUCUCUUGCAGCAAUGAUCGAAAUUAAAGUGUGUGCAAAAAUGUU